UAAUUUAAGAUGGUGCCCCGAUAUACAUGCGCACCAGCUUACACACUUCAGACACACAAGCAAAAAGCUUCAUCAUGCAACGUGUGGUCCAAAAUGAAAGGCAGAUCAUCUUUAACUUGGACAUUUUAAAGAAAAACAGCCCAGUAAGCAUUUGACUAUAUCUGGAAUUAAAAUCCGACUGAAGUCAAAGAUUAACCCAGCGCAGUCCCCCCACUUGUUUAAUCCACCACUGCCACCAUGCCCAGCGAGGAGAAACCGCCACAGGCAACACGCCACCGGAAGAAGAGCAAAAAGUCCCGCUCCAAGGGGAAGAGUCCUGGUGGGAGCCCCAUUACCCAGCUUGGAGGCACCUUAGACUCACAAGAUGACCUCUUGUUACCAUCGGCCCCGCAGCCUUCUCCAAAAAAGGUGUCGGAGGACACGCCUAAAGUGGCUGUUGCCAAAGUGGAUGAGGAGUCUUCCAUAGCUAUCUGUCUUCAGGUGGUUUUCCCUUACCUUCUGGCAGGGAUGGGCAUGGUGAUGGCCGGCAUGGUGCUGGACAGUGUGCAGCACUGGGAGGUUUUUAAGGUCAUCACCGAGGUUUUCAUCCUGGUUCCAGCUCUGGUUGGGCUGAAAGGCAACCUGGAAAUGACCCUGGCCGCUCGCCUCUCCACGGCUGCCAACACGGGCCAAAUGGACGACCCAGACAAACAGUGGACCAUGGUGUGCAGCAACCUGGCCCUCAUACAGGUUCAGGCCACGGUGGUGGGCUUCCUGGCAGCCGUGGCAGCCGUGUGUUUGGGGGCCUUCUCGAGGGGGGGCGUGGAACUGGAUCAGGCAGCUGUCCUGUGUGCCAGCAGCAUCACCACAGCCUUUGUGGCUGCUCUGUCCUUAGGCCUGGUAAUGAUCGGAGUGAUCAUUGGCUCCAGGAAGGUGGGGAUAAACCCAGACAAUGUGGCCACGCCCAUUGCUGCCAGUCUGGGGGAUUUGAUAACUCUGUCCCUGCUGGCGGGGGUCAGCAGCACGCUCUACGAAUAUGUCGACGUUUGGUACCUGUCCCCCCUGGUGUGCCUGGUCUUCUUGGCUCUAAUCCCGAUCUGGGUGGUGGUGGCCCGACGCAGUCCUCAGAUCAGAGAGGUGCUCCGCUCAGGCUGGCAGCCGGUGAUAGUCGCCAUGUCCAUUAGCAGUUUUGGAGGCCUUAUACUGGAUAAGACGGUGAGCGAUCCCAACUUUGAGGGGAUGGCUGUCUUCACGCCUGUCAUUAACGGAGUGGGUGGUAACUUAGUGGCCAUCCAGGCCAGCAGAAUUUCAACCUACCUGCACUUCUGGAGCAUCCCGGGGGUCCUGCCCUACAAGAUGAGGCAACACUGGCCCAACCCCUGCAUCACCUUCUUCUCCUCAGGGGUGAACUCCCGGUCAGCGCGGGUGCUGCUGCUGCUGGUGGUGCCGGGCCACCUGGUCUUCCUCUACGCCAUCUCCCUGCUGCAGGGGGAGGAGGCCCCCAUCAGCCUGGCCUUCACCCUCUGCUACCUGUGUGCCGCCGUGCUGCAGGUGUCCAUCCUCCUGUACGUGGCGGACCUCAUCGUCCGGCUGAUGUGGAGAAGAAGUCUGGACCCGGACAACUUCUCCAUCCCCUACCUGACGGCUCUGGGGGACCUGCUGGGCACCGGCUUCCUGGCCCUCUGCUUCCGUGCCGUCGCCUUGUUUCAGAGUCUGGGUCUAUAAAUGUAGGCCUUAGGCACCCAUAGCCCCACCCUCUCCCCCUUCCCCCCCCCCCCCCAUUUUUGAUUGGACACGUAUUGCUGAUUUGUAACCAACAGGCCAGUCCAGAUUGUCACAGUGGUCAACAGAAGACCGCAGACCAGGUAUUUUCUGAUCCACCUUGAGCUUAAGUCUCAGUCAUUUAGUUUGUGUGUUAAUGAUGCUGUUCUGGACAGACUUUAACAAUCAUUCCUCAAACUGAGUACACGCCAUCUUAAGACUGAUUUUAGAGUCGCGGGUCAACCCCGAUCGGAGGCCAAUCCGCAGCUCCGUCUGAUGUGCUGGACGCAGGGGGGGUCACAGACUGAACGAGGAGGGUGCGUCUAUGCGCUGACCUUUAAUUAACGGGGAGAUUUGUCAGCUGUGGACUGAAAUCAUGUGAUGGGAGCUCAUCUGAACCUCCGUCACCAUGACGCGUUUGUUUACAGGAUGCAGACAGAACCAGGUUGAUGCUUUCAGAAGGUUCUGUCCAGUUAGUGACCGUUAACGCUGCUGAAAGGACGGAUAUUCUCUAAACACUGUGAACAUCUCACUGUCGUACAGCACUACACCCCCUCACUACUUCACACUAACCGCCCUUUUUGGGGGGGGCCCAGCUAAGCCUUACUGUUUAUCCUCGAGCUUUCAAAACUACAAAAACCUCAUCUCAGCCGCAGCUCGUGCACGUACGUGCACAGAAAGCAGCUGUUUUUAGCCUGGCCCGUGCACCCCUGCUGGGCUUCAGCUCCACUUCCUGCCGUCGCACCAAGCUCAACUCGUUUGUCUGGCAUUAAAGCCCCGGUUCAAAGGAACACGCCUUUAAACUUUAUGGCUUCUUCGCUGCGGCUCUGAGGACAAACAGCCGUUUUAGGCCCACAAACACUCUGUGUUGUGUGCACUUCACCGAUGUUGUGAAACUGGAGAAUGGCACGAUGAGAACAGGGGCUGAUUCUCCACAGCACCAAGAAAAAAACCCACAGAUGGUUUCACUGUAGAGUUUACUCGUUUCUGUUCUGUUAAAGAUGUUUUUAAAGUGCAGUUUUUCAAUAGGAAAGCAGCAAGUUUGAGGAAUCGUGCUGUGGUGACGUAGAGGCUGCUGAUUGGCUCCCACCGUCUGGGCUGAGAGCACAGACUUUAGCUUUAGCUGAGCUCAGGAAAGAGCAGAGCCACUCUGAGCAAACGCUGACACGUGUGAACCUCCAAAGCCCAGGAGGAAAGACAUCAGCAACAAUAAGAACCGCUGCUGCUGCCCUUUGCUUUAAAGGGUCAUUCAGUCUUUUUUAUUUUAACCGAUUCAGAGUCAGAGUCAGAUUCUACACCAGAGGGAAACAUUCAGGGCAGAAGAAGCAAACAGCACAGCCCCCCUCCCCCCACCGCUCUGCUCCUUCUGCUGGGUUUUCCUCCUCACCUGCUGCUAAAUAGCUCCAUCCAGGCUCCUAAUGCAGACUACAGCUACUUCUCAGAGUCAGAGAGGGAUCCUCUUUAAAGAAGAAAAUAAAAAAAGAUCAGAUAGUCCUCUUAAAACCCAUAACCCCCCCCUCCCAGGGUGGGAUUAUCUCUCUUUUAUCUCAAAGGAUGAUCCGAUGUGGCCUCUGCUAAAGGAGAUCAUGAAGGAAGCUCUGGACCUCCUUUCCUCACUAUUUCAGAAAAGUCAAAGAGCUCCAUCCUCGCUGCUACUGGACUCCACCGGUCACCACCGUCCUCAUGAGGACCUGUACCAGGAUGCUUCUUUUUUCUUUGACCUUUGACCUCGUGGCCUCAUAGCAGACGCUAUCACACACUGCUGUUUGAAAUCUAGAAUGGUUUUAUUCAUUUUCAACCAAUUAUGUUCUUAUUGUAUAAUUAAAAUGU